CGUCCCCCGCACAGCUCCAAACAGGGAAACGUCUCACUGCUCAGGAAGAAGAAGAUUCACCACAAAACCGAAACAACAUCUUGAGGGAUUAAGGAGUGUUUGUGAAGAAUGCCUUUCCGUUUCUGCCCCCAAUGUGGGACAAAGUUGCAGCCUGAUUUUAAAUUUUGUCCGUCAUGUGGCGAGAAGAUUCCUUGUCUUGUUGAUGUACCCGGACCUGCAGGCACCAUUUCAUCUCUAAGUCUCUCUCCGCUCCAAAGUGAUGAAGCAACAACAUCAGUAGUUAAAACAAGCCUAUUUUCAAGCACAAGUUUGGAGCCUAUAGAAACCCAUACAUGUAUGACCUCAGGUACAGUUUCUCCUCGUCCUGCACUUCGAAAGACCCGCAACUCCCUCCGUCUGGACAGGGGAGUUAAAUUCAACAUCAAAGAUGACUCUCCAUCUGUGACGUCUUUCACUAACCCUGUCAGAGAUGACAGGAUUGAAGCAGAUAACGGCGUUAGAGUCCAGGUAUCUCCACAGAAGCAGCACACAGUUACUUUCAAACUCGAUGCAGAGGUGGAGCCAACGUUGGAGUCUUCUCCUGCAGCAAAAAGCCCUCGAUCUGUCAGGGGAAAAGCAAAACUCUCCCAGCAAGAAGGAAAAAGAAAGAGACUGAAUGAUAAAAUAAGUGGAAAACAAGAGGCUUCAACAGUAGACGGCUCUCUUGUGGCUGUCGCUUCCCCUGUUUCCUCACCAAUCGCCAGGUCUCCUUUAAAAGGAAAAAGCAAAGCCAAGAAGGCAAAAUAUGCGUCUGCUGUGGAGCCGCUACAGGAAGGUGAGGAGGUGACGGACACAACGGGCAAGAAGUGGAAACUGGUGAAACUGCUCAGUCAGAACACAACAGAGCUCAUCUACGAAGUUUUGCAAAUAGCGUCAAGGUCCAAUUCCAAGGAAUCAGAUCACAUCCUCAAACUGGGAGCUAAAGAUGGAAGAAUCUUCAAUGAGCAGAACUUCCUGCAGAGAGCUGCUAAGCCUGCAUCUGUGGACAAGUGGAUCAAACAAAACAAGAUGGAUUUCCUCGGGAUUCCUUCCUGUGUCGGCUUCGGUCUUCAUGCAGAGUCUUACAGGUUUCUGAUCUUCCCCAGCAUGGGCCAGUCUCUCCAGUCUGUGAUGGAGGAAGAAGACGAGCUUCUGUCUGAGAAAGUUGUUCUUCAGCUCGCCUGCAGAAUAUUAGAUGUGCUGCAGUACAUCCAUUCAAACGAGUAUGUUCAUGCUGAUAUUAGUGCAGAAAACAUCUACAUCAAACCAGGACAACAGUCACAGGUUUACCUUGUAGGAUACUGCCAUGCCUUCAGAUAUUGUCCAGGAGGCCAACAUGUAGAGUACCGUGAAGCCAGCAGAACGGCGCACGAGGGAACCGUGGAGUUCAUCAGCCUGGACGCCCAUAAGGGAGCAGCUCCGUCUCGACGCAGCGACCUGCAGUCUCUGGGUUACUGCAUGCUGCGUUGGCACACAGGGACGUUGCCGUGGACCGUCCUCACUCAGCCGGACCAGGUAGCCACCCAGAAACAGAGGUACAUGGAGGAUGUUCCUGCACUGUUGAGUCAGUGCUUUGGGAAGAAGAAAGUUUCCAGUGCUUUUCAAACUUACCUGACUGCAGUGAUGGCUCUGCAGUACUCUGAGCAGCCCGACUACUCGGUGUUGAAGGGCGGGCUCAGUGCAGCGUUACAGCAGCUGGGGGGGUCGCUGGAUCAGCCGCUCAGCUUUUAAAUGAGGACACAUCACCAUGCAACAUGUGUACACACAUACACCUGACAAUCCUCGGUCCACUGCAGAUUCAGUUUUUGUUUUGUUUUUUUUUGGAGGGUGAAUGUACUCUGUAGAAUGAAAUGUAUGAUAUUUUUAAUAUCCUAUAUGUUAGACUGUGAAAAGGAGUCUAUACAAUUUACCGUUAAAGUUUUCAGGCAGUGACACAUGAUGUUCUGUUUUAAGUGUCUCUCAUUUUUAAUAUGACACUCUUUAGAUUUUAUAUUUUCGCCUUUUCAUCUCCUGUUUACAGCCACUGCAGCUCCUCUUAUACACUGAAUGCUGAUUUUUAGGAUACCGAUUCUGAUUAGAGCAGCACAGGACUGAACUUAAAUAAAUGUUUGAGACUUUUAUACGUCUGCUAUGAUUCCUGGUAGAGCUCCAAUCAACUCCAGUCGAUUAGUUGUUUGACAGAAAAUUAAUCAGCAACUUUUGACAAUUGAAUAAUUGUUUUAGACAUUUUUUCAAGCAAAUAUGCCAAAAUAUUUACUGGUUUCAGCUUCUUAAAAGUGAUGAUUUAUUGCUUCUCUUUUCAUUCAUAAGACAUUUAAGGACGUCACCUUUGACUCCCUGAAGUUUUAACUAUUUUCUGACAUUAGACAAAGCGAUAAAUCAACAAAAUAAUCGAUUAAUGUUGGAAAUUUAACCCAUUCUGUGACGCUAACAUCUAAAUGAGCUGUCUACUUUAUUUUCACAGUAAUUGAACAAAAACAAGAACAUUGGAAGAUGAACUGUUUUUUUUUUUUAACUUGUUUUAUCAUGGUGUGUUUUAACUGUGAUGUUUUUUUGCACUGAAAGCAGGUUGAUGUUGAGUUCGAUAUGUGCAGGUGACACUUGUCAGGUUCGAGGGUUUUGAUUGGGUCGUUGUUUUAAACAUUCAUAGUGUUGUAAGUCUCUCAGAUAAAUUGUGCUGCAUUUUUAAUGGGAAAAGGAUGUAAGUUCUCAAAUUUUGAUGCACAGAUUUUGGAUGAUAUGGAGACUUUGUUAGUUAAAAUGUGUCAUAGCGUUCUUACACAGUUUGUCUUGUUUUAGAUAUUUUUAACUGGUUGAUUGUCAUUUUUACACAUUGCUCCACAAUAUGUAGCCGUUGUUCAUUUUCCUGAAUUAAACGGCUAUUUUCUUUUUAAAAAAUGAUACAUUAGUGUCCUUUGACAUCUUGAGUAUUAUAAUAAAAUUAAACUAUUACUACUGGUUUUGA